AAAGAAUUACAAAAAUCUCAAGCGCAAGUCAAACAAGUGAUGGAUAUUAUGCAAAAAAAUGUGGAUAAAGCUAUCGAAAGAGAAGAGAAAAUUAGUGUAUUAAAUGAAAGAGCCGAUAGCCUUUAUAGCCAUGCAUCUGAAUUUGAAACCAAUGCCGCUCAACUUAAAAAUAAGUACUGGUGGAAAAAUUUCAAAAUGUGGAUCAUUUUGAUCGUUACCAUUAUCUUAAUCGUAGUGGCUAUCGUAGUUUGGAUUGUACUUUCACAUGUUAAAAAAUCCAAACCAUGA